UCUCUUCUUCCAGAGAAAAAUGCAGAUCUUUGUGAAGACCCUGACAGGCAAGACCAUCACCUUGGAGGUUGAGCCCAGUGACACCAUUGAAAAUGUUAAGGCCAAGAUCCAGGACAAGGAAGGCAUUCCCCCCGAUCAGCAGAGGCUGAUCUUUGCUGGCAAGCAACUGGAAGAUGGGCGCACCCUGUCCGACUACAACAUCCAGAAGGAAUCCACCCUGCAUCUUGUGCUGCGCCUGAGGGGUGGCAUGCAGAUCUUCGUGAAGACCCUGACAGGCAAGACCAUCACCCUGGAGGUUGAGCCCAGUGACACCAUUGAGAACGUCAAGGCCAAGAUCCAGGACAAGGAAGGCAUUCCCCCCGAUCAGCAGAGGCUGAUCUUUGCUGGCAAGCAGCUGGAAGAUGGGCGCACCCUGUCCGACUACAACAUCCAGAAGGAAUCCACUCUGCACUUGGUGCUGCGUCUCAGAGGUGGCAUGCAGAUCUUCGUGAAGACCCUGACAGGCAAGACCAUCACCCUGGAGGUUGAGCCCAGUGACACCAUUGAGAACGUCAAGGCCAAGAUCCAGGACAAGGAAGGCAUUCCCCCCGAUCAGCAGAGGCUGAUCUUUGCUGGCAAGCAACUGGAAGAUGGGCGCACCCUGUCCGACUACAACAUCCAGAAGGAAUCCACUCUGCACUUGGUGCUGCGCCUGAGGGGUGGUAACUGAACUGGCUGGUUGUUGCUUGCUUCAAGUAAAAGUUUCUCUGCACUUGUUCAUUCCAAUAAAGCUGUUGCAUCCACAAAA